AUGACGAGCACAACGAGUAUUCCAGACUCCGAAGGAAUCAUUGAUGAAAGAAUAAACGAAACUAAGAAUAAUCAUUUCGAAAAUGGUGGAGGAAAUUUAGAAGAAUAUCAAUCAAUAGAAGAGGAAGAACCAUGUUUGCCCGUUGUGAACAAUGGUAAUUUAUUUGAUAAGAAUAAAUAUGGUGAAUCGGAAAAUUCGUUGGAAAAGAAACCGUUUAAAGACUUGGCGGAAAAACAGGAUAAAAUAUAUUUAAACGAUACUAGUGAAUAUCCGGUGUCGAAUUCUAAAAAAAAAUCUAAAAAAAAUAAAAUAAUACUUUCGGUUGGACAGUUAGGAAACGAUGGAGAAAAAGAUUAUGAUUGGUCUAGAUCAAAGUGUGAAAAUAAUAUUCGUAAAAAACUCGGAUUAACACAUUGUGGAUAUUUAAUUGGUUUGUUUUUGGUAUGUGCGACAUUAUUGUUUUUACUUGUGAUUAUUGUCCUCGGAUCAACUUGGCCACAUAUUCCUCAUCGGCAAAAAUUUCCCAUUUGUAUCAAAUCAACAUGUCUGAGAUCGGCUGCUUUGAUAUUAUUUAAUAGUAUGAGAUAA